GAGAUGGACUUCCGGAUUCAAAAAUUAUAGUAUGUCAGCGACAUUAAAGCCAUAUUUAAAUGCCGUGAGGCACACACUAACAGCAGCCUUAUGUCUUGAAAACUUCUCAUCUCAGGUCGUUGAGCGACACAACAAACCAGAAGUAGAAGUUAGGAGUAGUAAAGAGUUACUUUUAACUCCAGUAGUUAUCAGUAGAAAUGAGAAAGAAAAAGUUCUUAUAGAAGGUUCAAUCAACUCACUAAGGAUAAGCAUUGGUGUGAAACAGGCUGAUGAAAUAGAAAAAAUAUUAUGCCACAAGUUCAUGAGGUUUAUGAUGAUGAGAGCAGAAAAUUUCAUUAUACUUAGGAGGAAACCCGUAAAGGGAUACGAUAUUAGUUUUCUCAUUACAAACUUCCAUUCAGAGGCUAUGUUUAAACACAAACUGCAGAAGAAUUCCUCAAGCGAUUUUAGGGUAGAAGCCAAGUGGAACAACAUGGGAAUACUGGUCUUCAUAACAUACACACUAUCCACACAAACAUUUAAUGUCAGGGCGAAAGUUUUAAAAUGUCAAAUAACUGUAUUCAUUAAAUAGCAAAGAAUAUUGCUAUGAAUUGUUCAGUGCACAAUAGCAUAUAACACGUCACCUGGUCACCUUAGUAACAACAGAAGAAAACAAUACAUGACAAGAGUUUUAGAUUUUUGCUAUUUUGUUGUGUGUUAAAUACCUAACUUUAGCAACUUUCACCUAAUAGAGCCUAAAAAUAGACACAGAAGUAUGGGAAAGAACUGUUGUAAUAGUGUCUAUUUUAGGCUGUCACUGUUAGUGUUAAAUUUGGAUAUUGCAUUUACAUAUAAAACUGUCAAUUUAGUAAGUGGCUUUUCUGGAUAUAUACCUAAUAUGUGAUGAUGUAAUGUACCUGAAUUACAAAAUCUAAAAUAUGUUUGAUUUUGAAGAGGCAAUAAAAACAGAAAUAUGUAUGUUAAUCUAAUCAAUCAUUGUUAAAACAUUUCUUAUGUUUGUAUUUUUAAAGAAAGUCUGAUUAUUACACUGAAUACUAAAUUCUUCAUACAAGUAAUUCAAGGUAAAGGGAGCACAUGUUUAAACAAUUGCUCGUCAUUUUUAUGUUGAAAUUAACAUGUACUUUUUUCCUACACCAAUCAAGCAGCAUCACACCGGGAAAAUGGGAAGCAAAAAUAUUAACCUCCAAAAUUUUAUAAUUCAUGUGACAUGUGUGUAACAACAUGUAUAAUACAUCAGAAAAUUAUGUACAUUUAUAUUACUGUAGAUAAUGUUGCAUCAAUUUUGUAUAAAAUAAAAUUAAUAUAACUAAAAA